GAGAUGACACACUGGUGAGAAGUACCAAAGAGUAUUCUUGGGUAGCCACCAGCAAAUCGCUCAAAGCUAAAUUCCGGCACGCAAACUCCUAUACCUAUCUAUUAUUCUGAGCACUAGAUACCAAAGUCAAUCGGUGCCACCUACCACCAACUCCAACUACAAUAAUUGAAUUGCUGUGACCACCAUCUUCACUAUCCUGCAAUACAUCGGGAGGACUCGAAUCCGUUCCCCACCUUCUCCUCCCUUGGGCGGACGAAGAACAAGAAGACGAGGCGAUCAUGGCGAAGCCACCGACAUCCAAGACGGCGGAGCUGGACACGACGCUAUACGCCAUCGGCUUCGAGAUCGACGUCGUCUCCGCAGCUAGGGUCAACGGCCGGCUCACCGUCACCGAGAGCUGCUGCCAGCCGUUCAAGGUGCUCCACGGCGGCAUAUCGGCUCUGAUAGCAGAGGCGCUGGCGAGCAUCGGGGCGCACAUCGCGUCCGGGUACCGGCGGGUGGCCGGGAUCCAGCUCAGCAUCAACCACCACCGCAGCGCCCGCGUCGGCGACCGCGUCUUCGCCGAGGCCACCCCGCUCCACGCCGGCAAAACGAUUCAGGUGUGGGAGGUCCAUCUAUGGAAGAUGGAUCAGGCUGGCUCGGAAAAGGGGAUCCUAACAUCCUCAUCAAGGAUCACUCUUCUAGCAAACAUGCCUGUGCCAGACAAUGCAAAAGAUGCAGGAGAACCCUUGAAGAAGUAUGCCAGGCUAUAAAGCUCCAGCUGCAUGUACAAGUUGUCACCAAUGGAUGCAAACCCUACUGCAACUGUAGUUUCAGUUUCAGUCUGCUAUUCAGGUGUCCUCACUCCAGGCUACUUCAUACAUGCAACCACAAAAAUGACAUCUAAGAUGUAUUAUGGACAUUAAUGAUAUCCCAAUGCUAAAUAAAUGACCUUAUUACUUGUUGUA